CAGACUGGAAAUACCACCAGAAACUGUACUACUAGUCCAAAAAGAAAGGCAGUCAGUGAAGAGGACCACCCUCUACCAAGAAAAGUGGCACGUUCCAAUUCAACUCCAGUGUGUAGUAGUGCCAAGCCAGGAACAGUCCAUGUCAAACAAGAGGGGGAAACUACCAACUCACUUUCCAAAGAUGCAAGGAAUCUGUUUAACAUGUUCUCAGAGUCUAUGAAUUCUCUCGAAGACUUGCAGAGCAGAAAUUCAAACAGCCAUGUUGCAAUUACAGGAGGAUUCUCAAAUGUUAGGGUGAAAGUUCAGAGUUCAGAUAGCCUCAACCAUGUUGUGACCGUUGACAAUCCUGAAACCUGCUCACAUGAUAGCCAGGCUUCCAUGUCAAAAUCACCAGAGGGGUCAAAGUUGAAAGUUCAGCAGGACAAAGCUGUAGCCAGCCAUACAAAGGAUCGUAUAAAGUGUAACAGACAGGAAACCCCUGACUGCAAUACUCAGAGAGAUGGUAAAUUCAAGAAGGAACCAACGGUUCACGUGACUGGUGCAAGUAGCUGCAAUAACCUUGAUCUUCUUGGUAAAAUGUCUCAAGAAAAUUGUAAGAGAGGCAGUCAAGAGACCACCUUGGAGAGAACAUCUAGGUACCAGACAGAAGAUGGGAGGAUAUCAACUUGUGUCAGUUUCUCGGGUGGCCAAGUUGAGGCAAAUGCGGUCAACAAAAAUCUUCACUCUACUCAAAGCAAUCAAAGACUUGAUGUGUCUAAACUUAACUCGACUGUCAAAAGAGAGUCAUCUUCUGAGCAGGGUACUGUCACUGUUGCUGAGUUCCCAGGGCUUCAGCCAUCUUCUGUUCCAAACUGCCACAAUAUCAGCAAUAGACUUGGUCCUCCAAACACUGACUUUAACUCUAUCACUACUGAAAACAAAAGAAACUACAACCAUACGAACAAUGAAUCGCUAAUACUCAAUACCGACAACCAUGCCCAACAUACCAUCAGUGUGACUCUCAACUUUCCAAAGGAGGAAAAGUCAUCAGCAUUGCCAACAAAGAUUGUGCAUAAUCUACCAAAAAGAACUCAAAGCCCUCCGACAGCUUACAGCUUACAUAACAUUCCUGUAAUACUCGGAAGAGAGAGUCUGACAACCAAGAUUGUGGUGUCACCAAAUACUUCCCCUCCUGCCAAAACUACAUGUGUUCCCUUGGAACUGAGACAAGAAUAUCAGGUUCACAAAAGCCCGAAGACUCAGGGUAAGUUUUUCCGUGUUUGCGGGCCGCCAGGAAAGGCGAAAGAAUGCAGCAGGGAUGUCAACACAUGGCAGGGAGUGAGGAAGAAUGGAGUUGAGGGUGAGAUACAGGUGACAGUGAAACAGGAGACGGGGACCUGUGAGGUGCAACAUGAGGGGACAGCAAGCACUGAUGUCAGGAAAGUGGAGUUCUCUGAGGCUGACUGCUGCCCAGAGGACCCCUCCACCUGGCCACAGGGGAUCUCACUACAGACCAUGAAGCACAUUGUACUGGUGGACCUGGGCUACUGGCCAGAGUUUUUCCAGUCACUACCUAAAGGCCUUUUAGCAGACACAUUUGUGUGGGGAUUCCAGGAUGCGAAGGCGUCAUGGAGGCCCCCUGUCUCCUGCGAGGAGUACUGCAGGCUGGGCAGGAAGCGGCACUUCUUUCUGCACCCUCCGUGUGGAUCCACCGAUUCUGCAAUCUCCAUGGUGGCCAGUAAGCUGGACGGUUACCUGCCCAGGCACCUCCCCUUCACCCUCCUCUCAGGACACAUAGGUUUCCCACAACUACAACAGAGGUGGAAAAAUUGCAGACGGAAAGCGAACCUCGUCAACCCAAACACUACCGAUCUUCAGAACCAUCUACAGCAUCUCUUCAGUACCAAGGACAGCUCAACAAGAAAAUCUUAAGUUGUUGGAAAGUUUGGACAAAAGGGGAAGAUGAAAACCGAGACAGAGGCAAGGGCCUGGAAUGAAAACUUGUUGGAAUAUUUUAUCUUCUUUUUGUACAAAUUCAUCAAUGAUGAAAAUAGACGACUGUGAGGAAAGUUUUUCUCACUCCUAAACCAGUGUGUAACAAGUUAGACUUCCUUUGAGAUUCAGUUUUUAUAUACUCUACAUCACUUACAUUACAUCUAAGAACCAAGAUGUUCAACUGGCAUAGCUAUGUUAUGCUGCAGGCAAUACUUACAGGAUGAGUUUUCAUCAGUAUAAACCAUGCACAAUUCUAUGAAAAACAUAAGGACAUCAUGUUACCAUUGAAGCUUGUUUGCAGCAGUUUGCAGCAGUUCAUGUCUGCAUCAAGAGACCUAGCUUAAAGAAAGAAGUAUGUGGAAUUUUGAGAUGUGGCACUGUGUUUCAACACAAGAUUUAAAAAGUGCAAGAUUGUUGAUGUUGUACAUCACAAGUGCAAAUACGUGCUGUUGCAUGGAUACAUGAAGAGAUUGAAAAUGUCUUUAUUUUUUGACAACAUGUUAAAGAUUUUAAGUAUAUCUUAUUAGAGAUCAUGUCAUGAAAUAAAUUGUAGUAAAUAGGUGAGUAUUGUUACUGAAUUUGACAUGUGGUCUGUAACAAAAUGCUCAGUUGUGUUGUACCGUAGUUUGAAUUUUCAGUGACAAGUACACUUUUAAAAUCAUGUUCUUGGGAUCUACAUAGUAUACAUGUCAUUAUACAUUUGUAACUAAGCAACAUGAGAGAUUAUACUACAAAGUACAGUCCAAUUCUACAUGAGAAUUCUACAUUACCAGCAACUUGUAACUUUUUUGUGGGUUUUGUUGAGGCAUAUUGUAGGUUCACAUUCUGAUUUGAAACAAAUAGAAAUUCAUAGCUCAAAGGAUUAAAAAGAAAGCCUGAAAGUAUCACUGGCUCUUGAUUGUCGACAGGUCUACAGUUAUUGAGUAGGGUUGUGAUGACUGUUUGUAAACUUAAACCUCCACUGUCAUAAUUCUGCUAUGUUGAAAGAAAACAAAAAAUGGACAAUACUGCAUCUGUAAGUCCUGAAGUAUGUCAAAUAUUCAGGUGUUUAAAAAAGAAGCUCCAAUGUCCUAUGUAAUAGAGGCCUCAAGAAUAACAUAAGACAUUGGAGUUCUCUUUCUCUAGAAAUAACAGUGUUAUAUGGGGGCCAAGUUGAUAGACAGAGAAGACAACAGGCAUAUCCAUAUCAACAUCUUCUUCAGAGCUUUUUAUUCUUACUGCUGUAUAUGUAGCCGUUGUAGGUGGUGCUUUUUUAUCCUGAACACAUACCCAAACAUGGCUAAGUCUACAUCCCCCCGGGCCCUGUUGCUAGUUCAUUGCUGUGGUUAAUGUUGGUACGCCUGUUGUUUUAUUUGCCUAUUACCAUGGCCAGUUCCCAUUCUAGUAUAACAUAGUUGUUUUUAGACAAAGAGAACUCUAAUACCCUAUGUUCUACAACCUGAUGAAAUUAUUUUAGGUGUCGAUAACACAUGGUGGCAUAUAUAGUACCUGGCAGAACCAUGAGAGUUGAUGUUGAAUAUAUCAAACUUUGUCUACGACCUUGUGCCUUGCAACUGUUGGUAACAAUGUUGGUGCAAUGUUUAGGUAUGCAAAGGCAUUGAAAAUGCUGUUUUGAGAUCAACCAAGCAACCAAUGUUAUCAAGUAGCAGUUCCAGGACUUUUCACAAAAGACACAUAAAUUCAUGUAAUUUUCAUGUAAUUUACCUCCAGUUGUAAGGAGUUUAGUACACACCACAAUUACACAAUAAAAUGCAAUACAAUGGAAUACUGAUAUGAUAUUCCAGCAUAUUUGCACUUUUGUACUGUAUAUUCUGUGUUGUAUACAGUAUGAGAAUUCUAUCUAGUGUGCAACAAUUAUGUGUAAAAAGCUGGUUGUUUUUGCGCAUUCAAUAGUGUUGUUAGCUGUUCACAAUUUUUUAUACCUUUUUUUAUUACAUUUCUUGAUAUCAAAAGUGUACUAAUCAUUCUUUGUAAGAUCUUUUGUUUAGGUUUCUUAUUUCUUAACACUCAUUGACAAGUGUGUUUGACUUUGAGUACUGUUUCUUUUAGGACUGUAAAGGGAUGUCAUUUUACUCAUAGAAACUCGGUUAUUGUAACUCUGUUGUUAGUACUUUUGCCCUACACUGUGAUGUACAUUUUAAAUGUUUUUUAUUACUCAAAACAUGCCUGCAAUAUACUUUGCUCUACCAUUGUUUAUCAGAUAAUUUCUAUGUAUGGUUCGUGUUAGAAAAAGUAUUAUAAUUGAUACAUGUUUUGAGGUUUUUCAUUAUUCACUCAACAAGUUAACUGUGACCAAAAGCUUAUUUCAUGAGCACAAUGUUUGAACAAGGGCCUUUUAGUAUGUUUCAAUAAAUCUAUGCCCAAUGUGA